CACGUGCCAAAUUGAGAAACGGUCCUGCUUCCUCUUCCUUCCAUCGUGAUCUCUUGUUGAACAUGUUGAGACUGUGCCAGUGAAUAUUUCUAACGUGAUCCAAAUGUUUAUAGGCCUCGGGAUUUCAAUGUUUUUUUUUCUCGCCCUUUCGAAAUAAUCCCAAUAGAUUUAUAGCAUUGUGGAAAAGGGGUCUUCAAAUAGUAUUGGAGCAUGCAAUUAUGGGUAUAAAAGGGUAAAAGUGCAGAGUGCAUUAGCUAAUCUUUCUCCACAAAAGAUCAUAAAGCGAUUUCGACAUUGCUGAUUUGGGCUUUGAACAUACUGGUCCAUGCGUGCUAAUAAACGCUCAUUUCAGCACUUCAUCCGCCGGCUGCAGACGACUCCUCCGCUUCGGUCGGUGGACGCCAUGAGACUGACUCUUCCGAACCCGGGACUGGAUCAGCGGAUCUCCUGCCAUGAAGAUCUCGACAGGAUGGAGAAAGAAGAAGCGGAUAGCAGGCCGAAAUGGGACAACAAAGCUCAGUACAUCCUGACCUGCGUGGGCUUUUGCAUCGGCCUCGGCAACGUUUGGCGAUUCCCCUACUUGUGUCAAAGCCACGGAGGAGGAGCUUUUUUGAUCCCCUACCUGCUCCUGCUGGUGUUGGAAGGAAUGCCCCUCCUGUUGCUGGAGUUUGCCAUUGGCCAGCGUCUCCGCAAAGGCAGCGUGGGAGUGUGGCGCGCCAUCAGUCCUUACCUGACUGGCAUGGGGAUUGCCUCCAUGCUGGUGUCCUUUUUAGUUGCUUUAUAUUACAACACUUUGAUAGCCUGGGUCAUGUGGUACUUUUUCAAUUCCUUCCAGAGCCCACUGCCUUGGACCCAGUGUCCUCUCAAUGAGAAUGCGACAGGUUUUGUCGCCGAAUGCCAAGAGAGCUCCACCGUGGACUAUUUUUUCUACCGGGUGACCCUCAACAGCUCGAGUUCCAUUUCGGACUCCGGGGGGCUCCACUGGCCCAUCGUGGUGUGCCUUUGCGCUGCGUGGACCGUCGUCUGCAUUUGCUGCAUCAAGGGGAUAAGCAGCUCAGGCAAGGCCGUGUACAUCACAGCCAUCCUGCCGUACGUCGUGUUGGCCAUCUUCCUGGUGCGAGGACUCACCCUCAAAGGCUCCUUUAGCGGUAUUCAGUUUCUCUUCACCCCAAAGGUGGAGGAAUUGAUCAACCCCUCAACCUGGCUGGAUGCCGGGGCUCAGGUCUUCUACUCAUUUGGUCUGGCGUGGGGUGGCCUCAUCUCGUUCUCCAGCUACAAUCCCGUUCAUAACGACUGCGUGCAAGAUGCCGUCAUCCUGACCGUCGUGACGGGCCUGACUUCGGUCUAUGCCGCCACGGUUACGUAUUCCAUCAUUGGCUUCAGGGCCACUGAGAAAUAUGACCUGUGUUUUCAUGAUAACAUCAUGUCAUUAAUAAAUGGAUUCAAUCUUCCGGAGGACAGCAUCACUCCAAGCACUUUCGACUCGGCCUUACAACAUCUCAACAGCUCCGAUCCCGAGGCUGUUCUGGCGUUGGACCUCAAAACUUGCGACUUUCAAAAACUCCUCAGUGAGGGAGUGGAGGGAACAGGUCUGGCAUUUAUCGUUUUCACAGAGGCCAUCACCAAGAUGCCUGCUUCGCCGGUCUGGUCUGUUCUCUUCUUCAUCAUGCUCGUCUGCUUGGGGCUUUCCACCCUCUUUGGCAACAUUGAGGGAGUGGUGGUUCCUUUGAGGGACUUGGGGUUUUUCCCCAAAAAAUGGCCCCAUGAAGCCCUGACUGUGAUAACCUGUCUGGGUGCCUUUGUCAUCACCCUCCUCUUCGCUUUGCAUUCUGGGAUUUAUUGGCUGACGCUUUUUGACCAGUUUGCCGGCUCCAUUCCACUUCUGACGAUUGGAUUCUUUGAACUCGUUUCUGUUGUUUACAUCUACGGCAUCGACAGGUUCAACGGGGACGUGGAGUUCAUGACGGGACGCAAGCCUUCCAUCUUCUGGCAGGUCACGUGGAGGUUCCUCAGUCCUCUCAUCGUGCUGGUCAUUUUGAUUUUCUACCUGAUAACGCAAGCCCGGGAAGAGCUCACCUAUUUAGUGUGGGAUCCCACUUCUGAAGCCUUCCCGUCAUUGUCAUCGGAAGCCUAUCCUGCGUGGAUCAAUGGGGUGAUUUUUCUGUUAGCGGGGGUUCCGACUGCCAUCGUGCCUAUGUAUGCCUUGUGUAGGUUCAUCUAUGUGCGCUUCAGGCAGCGAGUAGGUUGAACGAGACGGAAUAUCGCUGGUAUCGUGUCAUGGGCUUCCAUGAAGGCGAAUCGUCUGUGCAAUAAGCGCAAAGUGCAACUUUACCACGCACGCUAUUUAAUUAAGUACAUUGCAAGAUGUUUUAACUGACUUUGG